UGCAAAUAUGUUACAAUCUUUAUCCCAUUGAAGUAUUUAUUACAUCCAGCUAGGCAUUGGUAAAAUUGGAGCUAGACGAGGAAACAAUAUCAUCAUACUAAAAACACACAGAAAAAAAGUCACCUUUCUCCAACCUAUUGGACCAUAAUUGACAAGAAGAGCAUCAUUUGGGAAAUUUGACUGAAGCAGGGGUGUCUGAAGCCCGGCCCCAGGGGACAUUUGUGGCUCAUUGCUGUUUUUUGUUGGCCCGCGACACAUUCUAAUUUAACAAGAUAACUAAAAACAACAGCAGCAGCAAAAUUGGAAAAGUCAGCAGCCAUUUUAUGAGAAUAAAGCUAAAUAAUAAAGAAUAAAGUUGUAAAUAAGGAGAAAAAGUUAUAGUUUUACGAGAAUAACGUCAUCAUGAGGAAAAUUUUUACGUCAUUUUAGUGGCAUAAAGUUGAAAUAUUAAAUUAAAAAAAGUUUAUUUUUUAAGUUGUAAUAUGUGAAACAAAAGAGAAUAAAGUUGUAAUUAUUUGAACAUUAAUUGGGAGGAAAGUUACGUAUAGUAUGGGAAUAAAGUCGCAAUAAUAUGGAAUAAUGUCAUAAUAUUACAAGACGAAAGUUGAAAUAGGAAAACAAACAAAAAAAAAAGUCGUAUUCUAACGAGAAAGAAAGUUGCAAGUUUAGGACAAUAAAGUCAGAAUAUUAUGAGGAAUAAUAAUGUUAGUAGCAUUGAGUUGAACUAUUAAAGGAAAAAUAUGUUAUUAUUUUUUUAAAGUUGUAAUAUUUUGAGAAACGAACAAAAACUAAAGUUCUCAUUUUUGAAAAAGUACACUGUGAAAAAGUUAGAAUAUGGGAAUAAAGUCAAAAUAUUAUAGGAAUAAAUGAAAAUAUUACACAAAGACGUUUUAUGAAGAUUACUUAAGAAGAAAGUUCAAAUAUUUGAGAGUAAAAAAAAAUAAAUAACAGCAAAAAUGGGGUGAAAAAACUGACGUUGAUACUGGUAGGCUUUUUUACCUGUAUGGCAAAGCUGAGAUGCAGUUUUUUGCUAGAAAUACAAAUAACCUCUCAGCAUAUCUACAUGUGUUGCUUUACAAAAUAUCAAAGUGGCCCUUGCAUCCUUUCAUUUUUCACCAUGCGGCUCUCACUGGAAAACGGUUGGCCACCUCUAGCCGAUAAACCAGCUACGGGUCAUUGUCACCAACAGGUGGAGGCGCCCUCUGGUGGCCAACUGUGCACUGCAUGAUCUUUGCUAAAGAGAAUGAAUGUGUGACAGGAGACAGUCACGCAACCUCGCUUGAUGCACAGAGAGGGGAACACGCCGCAUGGAAACAUGAGCUGGAACAGUUGAAGGGCAUGCAUCAGGCUCAGAUGGAAACGUUGGAGGAUCAGGUCAUCUCCCUGAGGAGGGACUUGUCGCUCAGUCAGGAGGAGUGCAACGAUGUCAUGGCCCGUCUCAGACGUAGCGAGAAGGAGACGGUGGAUGCGCAGCGAGCUAACGGGGCGCCCCGUGUGGCCGGCUUGUGUCUGAAGUGUGCGCAGCAGGAGGCGGUCUUGGCCGGGGCGCCCACCAAUGUGCACGUCCAGGCUCUAGAUAGACUUACCAAGGAGCGCGACGAGCUGCUGGUAGCUCUGAGCGCCGCACGGGCAGCUCGGCAGGAAGUGCAGCACAGGGAGUGGUCGGCUUGUCUGCAGGUCAAACACGCCGUGGAGGUGGCCGAGGAAGCCAGCCUGCACAAAGCUGAGGUGGAGGUGCAGUGCCAGCAGCUGUCCCGGGAGCUGGUUCGGCAGACGGCGCAGCGAGAGCGAGAUGCACAGGUUUUGCAGGAGAGACUGGCCGAAGCCCGAGAGGAGGGACGCAACGAGUGUCGCAGACAGAAAGAGGAGCUGGCAAAUACAGUGGCCUGGUUGUCCCAGCGUGCAGCAGAGCUGGAGGGCCAGCUGGACAGACUCCAUGCAGACAAGAGCUCGCUGACCAAUCAGCUGGAAGAUACACAGCGCAAACUUGCGAGUGUGGAAAAAGACAACACCAAGGUUUGCGCCGACGUGCGGUAUCAGCUCAGCGGUGCCCGACUGAAGAAGGAGGAGGCAGAGCGAGAACUCCAAGACCUCAAGUCCAAAACCAGCAGGCAGCUGGAAAAAGCUACACAGGAAGUGGAAAAGCUGAGCUCAGAGCUGGUUGGCUGUCGACAGCGUCUGGAGGCGGUCCAAAAGGACGGGAGCCAAUGGCAGGCUGAAGCCCUGAGCCUGGCAGAACAGCUGGCAAAUGCCCAGCGCCAACUGCACCUCACCAGAGAGGAAAAAGAGACUGCGGAAAAAGCACAGGAGGAGAAGAUGGCACGCGCGGCCCGAGCAUGGCGUGACAGGGAGAGCGAACUGGCGGCUCAGCAGAAAAAAACGGAGAUGCAACACCUGCAGAGAGUUGAUGAGCUGGACGUACUGCUGUCUUCCCAAAAUUCCCUGAUCAAGAAGCUGAAGGAGGAGUGCCUCACACUGGCAGCCACAUUGGAGGAAGUGACAGGAAACAGACGGAGAGAAGUGGAGCAGCUGGCCGUGGAGAAGCACUACCUUGAGGACACAGUGAAGAGCCUGAGAGCUCGCUGCACCGACAUGGAGGAACAGUGUGUUCAGCAUGGACGCUUGCACCAGUGCAUGAAGAACAGAGGCUCCAGGAGAUUGCUUAAUGGAACAAAUGGUCGUGGCGGGCCGGAGGAAGAAGGAACAGGCUUGCUGAUACCGCGGGCGCACUGCGAGCCUCCGGCAAGAGCUGCUUCAUCUGGGCUCCUGCCACACACACACACACGGUGUCACAGUGCGUUGCCAUGCCCCACAAGCCCUUGCAAAACUUUUCAUUUGCAAAUGAAGUUGGCAGCAGCAGGAGAACACAAGACUCAUCACUCUGAGAGUCCUUGUGGUCAUGUAUCUGUGUGUGUGUGUGUGUGUGUGUGUGUGUGUGUGUGUGUGUGUGUGUGUGUGUCCAUCCACAUGUCAUCUCUUGUGAAACUUCCCCACACGCUGACUUGUAUUAUCAAGUCUGAUCAUCUUUUGUUAACCCAGUUCCUCUAUUAGAUGUGAUUAUGUAGUGGAAGCGUACCUAAGAAGUGGAACUCACAGACUCUUCUUGCAGCUGACACAAAUUCAUAGUAAAAUCAUGUACCCACUCAUUCAUGGAACUGUUUUUUGUUUUUUUUUGUUGGCUGUUGCACUCAGACUUUCAUUUCUCUUUUUACAAGUCUUUACCAAGAGUUUGCAUUAAAGAAAAAAACGACAAUCGGACUACAAGUUCUAGUGCGAUGUGAAAAGCAAUAGCUUUGGUUGCUAAUACUACCUUGUCACACUGUAGCAGUCAAUCAUGUUUUGGACUUAAAUUGCACGUUUUAAGAUCCCCAAAGACAAGAACAGAAGCACACAAAGCAACAAAAAGAGAAAAAAACAAAGAAAGAAAGUGCAGUCAAAGCAUCUUAAAUGAGAGCGUAUCAUUUCACAUGAAUGUGUUGACAGUGUAGCUUAUCUUAGUUAAUACUGUCUAUGGCCAACAUCCCCACAAUAAUAAUAAAACAUGAUUCCCAAAAAGCAGUUAACCCCCACUAUUAUUAAGAUAGGAAAACAUGAAGAUGCCCAAUCCUUCACUUCUGAUGUAAUUCCAAGGUGAUUCAUGUCACAGAUGCCCCAUGUCCGUAACAGGACACUAAAGUGUAAAAAGAAGCUAACCACUGUGAAAAGGCUAAAACACGACGUGUACGAUCACUCUUUGAAUGGGAGUCUGCUUCACCCCCUGUUUUUAAUUCUUCUUCUCAAGAUGCCUUGUUGGGAUAAGCGUAGCAAAUAAAGCCACAAAAAGCCCAAGAAAAAGUUUACAUUUUGGUGACUACAGAACUUCCACUGUGCUUGCUUUUCAUUGGACAGCCACCACAUGUAUUUCCCUGUACUGGACUACUAUUUACUAGACAUGAAAUACACACAUUACCUGUAUGUCUUUGUACUGUCACAUCAGUAGUAACUUGUCAGGUGACUGACUGACUGAAGCACUUUCUGUCUUCACCUCUAGAUGGCGCCCAUUCCUCGUGCACCCCCUUCUCUUCCUCUCUUAGUGCUUUUUGUGUCUCUGUGUGCUCCAGCUGGCCUCAGCAGCCGGCAGCCAGCGCUUUGGCGGCCUGUUGACGAGAGUGCGCUGUCAAACGGUGGCUCCUUCGCAUGCGCGCGCACACGCACACACAUACACCCGCACGCACGCAUUUGCAGCUCAGAUGUGAGGCCGUAGCCAGAGGCCUCACAAGCUGCAGUGUUAAGUGUGCAAAGUCAGCGAGGCGGCCUCGUAAAAGUACAACCUGCUGCUGCAGCAGCGGCGGCAACUAACACUGAAUGUUGUUAACAAGCCUGCAGCGCACACACGACAUACAUGAUGAAACACUUGAACAUGCACACGGAGACCAAAUGAAAGCAGUAAAUUCAAAUUCUAAGUUCACUUUUUGGUGAGCUUGGUUUGAAAUAUUUAUUAGACAAGGAAGAGAAUGCAAUGUCUGAAGAAAUUGCGUGUGAAUGCUGAAGAGCUUGCAUUGAAAUGCUGAAUGGAAAAUGAGUGGGGCGUUUUGGAAUGUAAAUAAAAGAAGUAGUCAACGUGCCCUAAAUGAGCUUUGGAAUUGUUUGAAUCACUUGAGAAAUUGGGAAAUUGGAAAAAUUCACCUUCAAUUUCAAUAAGAGUUUUUUUUAAACAUAUACAGUAUAUAUAUAACAACUCUGCCGUAUAAAAAGUAAAAUAUAAAAAACAAGCAUAAGACAUUACUAGCACAGUUUUGUUCUGUGGGUCGUGGAUAUAUUCUAUCAGUUAUUAUUAAGCCUCCAGCUUCCUUUUAGUAAGUAAAAACCUUGGCUAUGAUUGCACUACAUUGUCAUGUAGACCUACAAAGUACAAAGUAAGUACAAGUGUGAAACUGAUGAGGGGUAGGAUUAAAUAAGCUUUGCUUCUUCCUACUCCUUUUUGGACAUGCAAAAUUGUGAAUUGUACUAUGUGAUGUGCUACUGUUUGACUCAUGCAUGUUCAGGAUUAAAACCAUGAACCAUGAUAAUAACAAGCGUAGUAGUGCUGUACAACUUUUAUCAGCAGUCCGCUGUGCCAUCUACUGGUCAACAUUAUUAUUAAAAAAAAAAUUUCCCCCCUUUUUUUUCUUUUUUUUCCCUCUACUGGUCAACCUUCAAACUGGACGCCAACCUGUCUAUAGAGGCCACCUGUCUAUAGCGGCCACUUUUGCAGACUCCCUCUAGUGGCCACUAUAGACAAGUUUGACUGUAUAUAUAUAUAUAGAGAGAGAGAGAGAGAGAGAGAGAGACACUAUAAUAUACUGUUAUAUCUUUACAACAAAAAGUGGUACAACCCCUUUUUUUAUAGAUACAGCAUGAAAAUAUACCACUUUUUGUUAUAAAGAUACAGCACUAUAAUGUAAGAUUUUUUUAUCGAUACAGCACUAUAACGUAACACUUGUUGUACGAUACACUACUGUACAUUAAAGCCUUUUACUAUGGGAUACAGCACUAUAACGUAACACUUGUUAUAUGAUACACUACUGUACGUUAAAGCCUUUUACUAUGGGAUACAGCACUAUAACGUAACACUUGUUAUAUGAUACACUACUGUACGUUAAAGCCUUUUACUAUGGGAUACAGCACUAUAACGUAACACUUGUUGUUAUACGAUACACUACUGUAUGUUAAAGCCUUUUACUAUGGGAUACAGCACUAUAACAUAACACUUGUUAUACGAUACACUACUGUACGUUAAAGCCUUUUACUAUGGGCUACAGCACUAUAACGUAACACUUGUUGUACGAUACACUACUGUAUGUUAAAGCCUUUUGCUAUGGGAUACAGCACUAUAACGUAACACUUGUUAUACGAUACACUACUGUACGUUAAAGCCUUUUACUGUGGGAUAAAGCACUAUAACGUAACACUUGUUGUUAUAUGGUACACUACUGUACCUUAAAGCCUUUUACUAUGGGAUACAGCACUACAACGUAACACUUGUUGUUGUACGAUACACUACUGUACGUUAAAGCCUUUUACUAUGGGAUACAGCACUAUAACGUAACACUUGUUAUAUGAUACACUACUGUACGUUAAAGCCUUUUACUAUGGGAUACAGCACUAUAACGUAACACUUGUUAUAUGAUACACUACUGUACGUUAAAGCCUUUUACUAUGGGAUACAGCACUAUAACGUAACACUUGUUGUUAUACGAUACACUACUGUAUGUUAAAGCCUUUUACUAUGGGAUACAGCACUAUAACAUAACACUUGUUAUACGAUACACUACUGUACGUUAAAGCCUUUUACUAUGGGCUACAGCACUAUAACGUAACACUUGUACGAUACACUACUGUAUGUUAAAGCCUUUUACUAUGGGAUACAGCACUAUAACGUAACACUUGUUAUACGAUACACUACUGUACGUUAAAGCCUUUUACUGUGGGAUAAAGCACUAUAACGUAACACUUGUUGUUAUAUGGUACACUACUGUACCUUAAAGCCUUUUACUAUGGGAUACAGCACUACAACGUAACACUUGUUGUUGUACGAUACACUACUGUACGUUAAAGCCUUUUACUAUGGGAUACAGCACUAUAACGUAACACUUGUUAUACGAUACACUACUGUAUGUUAAAGCCUUUUACUAUGAGAUACAGCACUAUAACGUAACACUUGUUAUACGAUACACUACUGUACGUUAAAGCCUUUUACUAUGGGAUGCAGCACUAUAACGUAACACUUGUUGUACGACACACUACUGUACAUUAAAGCCUUUUACUAUGGGAUGCAGCACUAUAACGUAACACUUGUUAUACGAUACACUACUGUACGUUAAAGCCUUUUACUAUGGGAUACAGCACUAUAACAUAACACUUCUUUUUUAAGAAUGCAGCGCUAUAGCAACACUUUUUAAUAGGUACAUGACUAUAAGUAGUAGUUUAUGUGAUGUAUAUGUUAAAAGGUUAUGUUACAGUCUAACAUACCACUUAUGUCAUGAAGAUACGGCACCAUAACGUAACACUUCAGCUAUGAAGUAACAGUAGUACACUACGUGAUGUGUUCAAAGUCAGGACAAAGUCAUUGAAGAUUGGCCAACAAUGGUCCCUCCCCCCGUUUUAUUUCCUGCUCUCUCUGUCUGGUCCAGUUGUUGUCAGUUAUUUUCUAUCAUGCGCGCUCCCCAGGGGACAGAAAUGUUUUCAGGCCCCCUCCAGUUUGAAAUACUAUUGAGAAAUGAUCUAUUUAUUUAUUGUACUGUACAGACUGAACUUGAAACUGCAACCAGGAAAAUGCAACAAAAAAUUGAACUGUGAAGCAUACAUGCGUAUUCAGGAGUCACAUUGCAUGUAGAGUACGAUAAAUGUGUACAUGUUGGCAGGUGUGCAGUAACUUUGAAAGUACUCCCUGUGUGUGUGUGUGUCUCAGCUGUAGCCUUUAUGCCCCUGGCAGUUUAACCAGCCAAGCCUGCUAUAAGUAUAUCACCCUUUAGCCCCCCAACAGACACACACACACACACACAAACACACACACACACUUUCUUUAGGUUUCUCCAUUUUUUCCCUUUCGGUCCACUGCAUAUGCUCCCACCUGUAAAUACUGUAAACACACACUAGCUGGGGGCUACUACUCAUGUAUGCCACUGAGAGGUGACUGUCUGUGUGUGUUGUAAUUAAUCUCCUUAGCAGCAGCAGCAGCAGCCAGUAGAAUACGUGUGUGUGUGUGUGUGUGUGUGCAUUUGAUUAUCAAGACUGUCGGGGGAAAUUAGUGCAAAGUGCCCCCCAGCCAAACCUGCUUUUAUUUUCACAUACACAAAAUUGUUUCAGUGAGUCUCUAGAGGGCUUAAAUGUUAAAAAUGUUUCACUGUACGGGUCCAGCAGGUGGUGUCCUUUCACCACAACACACACACACACACACACACACACACUGACCAGCCUCAAUGUUCCCACAACAAAUAGUCACCACAGUAAAGUUGGGAGGCCUGUACACACAUGCCCCCUCCUACCUUUCUCUUUGAACCCUGCUUUGUCUCAUCCUCAGUCCAGCCACUAAUCCGUCCAAGUUUCCUUUCCAGUGGCGUGCGUGUGUGUGCGUGUGUAUUAAGCCACAUUAAGUGCUAAUUAAUGAGUGUUGCAGUGAUGGAAGACACUUAUUGGAUUUAAUGCUUUAGCUGCUGGAAGGAACACUGCCUCCAUCAACACACACACACACACACACACACCGCUGAAGUGCUAUGGUUAAUGUGUGUGUUGUUUAAAGGCAGAGGUUGUCCAGUCAAGCUGUGUGUGUGUGUGUGUGUGUGUGUGUGUGUGUGUGUGUGUGUGUGUGUGUGUAUUGACCAUGUUACAUAACGAGCAGCUUACAAGCUUGCGUCAGUUUUAAACAUGAAAGGUCACGACCUCUGUCAACAGUGGCCUUGUAUAUAUUUUGUGCUUUUCUUGCUACAAUGUUGUAAUGUUGUCCAGGGAGGUUGCAUUUUUUUAAGCACUACAUCGUGUAAAUCAGUGGCCACCAACUCUUUCGCCCAAAGUCAGCUGGGAUAGGCUCCAGCAUACCUGUGCGACCCUAGCAAGGACAAGCGCCGUAGAAAAUGCAUGGAUAUUUCCUGCGGAUGCCCCAUAUUGGCUUUUUUGCCGAGAUCCGAUAUUAUGCCGACAUGUGUAACACAUAUUUUGGCACGUAAAUUGCAUUUAAAAGAAAACAGGACCAAAUUUCACAUAAAUAAAAAGUACAAACAAUGAAUGAGCACCAGAGGCUCAUUUUGAAGUGAAAUAAAACGGUACCGCUUUCUCUGAAAAGAAUAAAUAAAUAAUUGAGUGUCUCCAUCCAGUCCUUAGUCAUAGUGAUUUGCGCGUGCUUUGACUGUCGUAGAGUUUUCAUGCUGGCUGCUACAGUUUCAGAGCACAUGAGACUCAGCGGUUUGGGUCUGGAUUGUGGAAGAAUGAACACAUAUUUGGCCGACCUUUCACUUUUGAAUGUUGGCUUCUCUCGAUCAACUUCUUACUUUUGAGCAAGCCAAGCUUCUAUUCCAAGGUUAGCGGCAUAGAAAAUGAUGGGUGGAUGUUUCCCAGCAAGUAAACGAUUUCAUUGGCUCAUUUUGAGUGAUGUUACCGCGUUUGCUGUCAUGUUAACCGUAAUACUUGAAGUAAUUACGCCCGCAAACUGCCGCUGCGAUCGGUCCACCACCAUGAUUAUGUGUUAUUGUAUUUCCCAUUCGCUGUAAUUUGUCAUUUGUAAAACAUCGGCUCAAGUAUAUGCUGCGUGCUGACUGUUAUGGCGACAGCAAUGCUGCUUGUGGCGCUUAAAGAGUCCUGCUCAAUGAUGCAUUCAUGACGUUGGCUCAGGAUCUGUGUGGCUGAGUAGCCUUCAACCACCAUGUUCCUGACUUCAUCCACCAUGUUCCUGACUUCAACCACCAUGUUCCUGACUUCAUCCACCAUGUUCCUGACUUCAUCCACCAUGUUCCUGACUUCAACCACCAUGUUCCUGACUUCAUCCACCAUGUUCCUGACUUCAACCACCAUGUUCCUGACUUCAUCCACCAUGUUCCUGACUUCAUCCACCAUGUUCCUGACUUCAUCCACCAUGUUCCUGACUUCAUCCACCAUGUUCCUGACUUCAUCCACCAUGUUCAUGAUCAUCUUGGGAGGAACAACCCCAGCUAUUUCAAUGUCGAGCUGAUAUCGGUUGGUCGAUAUUAUCGGAUAUCCCCAAUAUAUUUUUUUAAUUUGUAUAAAGGUUUACUUUUAUUUUGUAGAAAGUAAAGUAAAAAGUUACACUUAAAGCUUUGUCUUUAAACACAAAGCUUUGUGUUGUUAUUGGUUGUUGGUGUAAACAUUUCAGCCUUUUCUCAUUGUGUCUUUUUGCUCUCUUUUUGCUGUUUUUUACAUUUUAUUUUGUUUCUCCAGAGAUGCAAUGACAAAUGAACCACUGGCCACGGAUGGCCCCCGAGCCACACUUCGGCCACCGGUACUUUUGCGGCUCUUCGUUGGGGUCAGGCUAGUGGCGUGGGCUCUAUGAGCAAACUGCAACUCGGCUCGUUGGCGAGCGAUGGUGGUUGAGGAGCUUUCUUUGGAUGUGCAUGUGUAUGUGUGCAUGUUAUAUUGUGCCUUACUUUUGAGGUAGCAAAGGCAGAUUCUGUCACUCUCUCCAUCAGUUUGUGAUGAAUACUUAUUGUUGCAGGGUGAGGCGAGCCAGUGUGCGUGUGCUGGAACCUCCAGUCGGGUUUUGGGGACUGGGCUCCUGACUGGAGCCGGAGGGUGGCGAGGCGUACGGGCGUGUUCAGUGGUCAAAAUGCAUUCCUGUUGGUCGCUCUCCAGGAGGGGAGGGCACUGUCUAAUUUAAGCACUUUAUUAGCAUUCAGUCUUAGUAGCGUACACUAGUACGUACUUACUCUCGUAAAUUAAUUAAAAACUUAAUUUUGGUCCGUCAACAAGACUCGCUACAUGUAAGAUCCCACUUCCACCAAAACUGGAUUUCCCUCAGUGUAGGAACAGACCUGGUAUGUAAGCGGACUAGCACCUGUACUUGCUUUGGCUGGUGUGAAAGUAUUUACAUGCCAGUGACCUAAGAACACGAUACUGUACCUGCACUGGGACUUUGAGAAAAAUGUUAUUUGGUGACAUCAGCGUUGUGUCAUGCAGUGAUGGUAAGAAAGGGACAAAAGUGUACAGUGUUGUUGUCGUGUUUCACAUAUCUGCAUCAGAAGUUGUGUUAGAAUGAGUCACACUGUCAUCACACAAUCAAAGCAGGCUGCUGGCCUUUGAGCGCCACAUCAUCAUGUGGAUCUUCUUUCAGUUUUUUCUUUUGUUUUUUUGACUUACUUUUUGUGACACGGUGGAGUCCUGCUGCGUCCUGCUGCACUGCCAUCUUGGUGAGAAACGUCAUCCUGAAAAACUCACCUUUGUGCACACAAAGUCUCAAAAGAACAAGUCAGUGAAAAGUUACUUUUUAUUUUAGAUGAUUUUCUGGCAACACGUAGGGUUUAUUUUUUUUUGCCAUUAUUGUGCCUUUUCCAUAAAUGACUUUCUUCAGGCUUGUGAUUGGUGGAAAUUGCUGUUUGGGGUUAUCAUGCCACCUGUUGCUUUGCCCGGUAUUUUCUAUUUUUUGUAUUUUCAUAUGGACUGAGAUUUUUGGGGGAGUUGGUGUAUGUGAACAUACUGUACUGAACAUGGCGUCGUCUGUGUUGGUGGUGAUGUGACGAUGUGAAGGAGGAGAGGGCAGUGUGAGGACAAUUGUGGGGGAGGAUGAAGACUGUGUAGGAGAAUUGGGAUGUGGGCCCCCUCCGUCUGUCACACUCAUGCAGCCUCACCACUGCCAACAUGACCCGCAGGGCAGGGGCAGCUGUCCCCUCCCCCACCCCUAUCGCCACUAGCAGCAAAGGGACGAUCACUCGGACCAAUACUUCAUGCACCAUCUUCACAUACAAUGCAGUGAAAGACUUAAUUGUUCAUCGGUGCAUCACCCGCGGGGGCAGGCAUACUAAUUGGGGCGUCCUGCUAAUGAUCAACACUGACGUCAACAUCCUGGUGAUAUCACUGCCAUGUCAUGUGAUCAAGUAAGUGAUGUUGUGAUGGUGUUUUUCAGGCUGCAGCAGUUGGACCGUCACUGUCAGAGCAGCGCCCAGCAGGUGUGUGAGCUGCUGGCCAAACAGAGUCAGCUGAUGCAGAACAGAACCCCAAACACUCACAACCUCUCACCCCACUGAACAUUCUUUACUUCUGUCAUGUAGAAGACUGGCUUUUCACUCCAGCAUUUUGCACAACUUUUCCCACAACAGCAUCAACUAGAAAACCUUCAGCUUGACUCUAGUUAAUCAUCACGGCCUCUGUUUGUGAUGCUGUAAGCGUUUAUUGUUUCUGUGGUUGAGUGUAAGUGGCUGCGUGUGUUUGUCUGUGACUGUGUAGUUUGUGUACAUGUUUUUACAUCUGGUAAGAACACAGUUAAUACAAUUGUUCAUAAAUUAUUAAAUUUUAAACCACAAUUAAAUGCGUUUGUCUCAUUUCCAUUUAAAAAAAAUAUUUCUUUAAAAACAGCCCACAUAGUAACCCCAACCCCAGCCUGUAACACCAUCCUCAACCUUAACCCACUCCUAACUUUAACCCUAAACCCAACUCUAACCUGAACACCAACAUCCAUGAACAAAACAUGAAAUCAUCAAUCAGGUGGUUGUCCAUUGUUCAAUGUUUCCAAGUGUGUAUUUUUUUUAGGUGUUUUAACGUGUAGCAAAGUACAGAAAACCUUGUACCCAAAGAAAAGUUAACAUUUUUUAAAACAGUACUAAAAAACCCUACUCAAUUAGAGUAGCACAAGUAAAUGCCAUGAUUAUCGCGAUUAGUCAGUUCCAAACCUGACCAUACUGUAAGUGAAUUUCGCAAAAUAGGAUUCUGCAUUAUAUAAAUGGAAUGUUUUCAUAGAGCUGAGAAAACCUGCUUACGACCUUCUAAAUACGGUUUUUAACAUGAGAAGCCCUCUAGACAAGAAGUAACACCCCAGUAGUCGCCUUUACACUCUUAUUACCCAAUAUAGUCGACAAUAAGAGAGAGUAAGUAAGACAUAAUACAGGAUAGACUCACAUAUGUUAGCAUUGGGAGGGUGCCGCCUUCUUGUUCCUUUAUUUCCGGUUUCUGGACAGUACUUCCUGCAGUGGCAAUUGUCUCAUCAAUGUAACAUUACUGACACCUAGUGACCAAUGCAGAAUACGGCGUGUCAGAACAUGACUUUCAAAUGCCUCAUAUUUGUAUUUUAUUUCAUUUAGCCAUUUUUUUUUACUAAUAGGCCGAAGUCAACCACAAAACAGCAAUGGUUUAUCAAUGUGUGGAUUUUUGAAAAACCAUGAUAGAAUGGGAGUGUAAAGUGUCUGAAUGGUGGGAAAAGCCAUGUUUAGUGAAGUGGCAGCUACAAGCCAUCCUUUGCUGACAAAAGGUGAGUGCAG